AUUAAUCGAUUGUCUUCGUAGACAAAUCGAUUAGUCGCGUGUUCACAUUCGGAUUAAUUAAGAAAUUUAUUGCAUUAAUUGCACGUAUUGCACACAGAAAAAUGUCUUCAGGUGUCAAUUCCUCAACUCAGUCAAGGCAAAUAAAGUUUUAUAAUCCAUCCUCGUCAGCCAGUUCAGAUAGUGAUGACCGCGGCGAUUUGACUGAGCAAUUGUAUAUCGAUCCUAGUUGUGGACUUGUGGGUGAAUUUUUCGGAUGUCCUGCUUCCCCGACCACUGUGCCAGCAAGGACUCCACAAUGCUUAGAGUCGCCUGCACGCACCGGUCCCCCUCGCAGGCGACAACGUACCACGUCUAUGAACAAUCAGGUGACCACUGCAAAUCCAUCAGAAUGCGUAAUACGCUCCAAUAACCGGACCAUUUACACAGCUGGCCGGCCUCCUUGGUACAAUUGUGCCGGUAGUGCGGUGGAACCAUUUGUAAUUGGUAUCUGUGGAGGAAGUGCGUCCGGCAAGACGACGGUAGCGCAAAAAAUUAUUGAAUCUCUGGACGUCCCUUGGGUAACUUUAUUGUCAAUGGACUGUUUCUAUAAGGUGCUCAACGAAAAGCAACAUGAACAGGCUAUUUUAAAUGAAUACAACUUUGAUCAUCCAGAUGCUUUCGAUAUGGAUCUGCUACUGGAAGUAAUGAAAAAACUCAAGGAGGGUAGAAAGGUGGAGGUGCCAGUGUACAAUUUUGUUACACAUUCGCGUGAAACGCACACAAAAACAAUGUACGGAGCAAAUGUCAUAAUAUUCGAAGGCAUUCUAGUAUUUCAUAGUCCAGAGAUUCUGAAAUUAUUGGACAUGAAGAUUUUUGUUGAUACUGAUGCAGAUAUUCGCCUUGCUAGGCGUCUCAAAAGGGAUAUUUCACAGCGUGGUCGCGAUUUGAGUGGCGUGCUCAAACAGUACUUAAAUAUGGUGAAGCCCUCAUAUGCCAAUUAUAUUGCUCCAACCAUGGCUCACGCUGAUAUUAUUGUGCCUCGCGGAGGGGACAAUAAGGUAGCCAUUCAGCUAAUAGUGCAACAUGUCCACACACAGCUCCAACUACGUGGCUUUAAACUACGCGAAGCCUUGGCCAACUCUUACAACGACCAACCAAUGCCAAGUUCUUUGCAUUUGCUGCCAGCCACACCGCAAGUGAAAGGUCUGCACACGUUCAUACGAAACAAAAAUACUUCCAGAGAUGAAUUCAUAUUUUACUCCAAACGCCUUAUACGAUUGGUUAUUGAGUAUGCUUUGAGCCUGUUUCCAUUCGACAGGACAGUUGUUGAAACUCCCCAAGCGGUAUUAUACGAAGGAAAACGUAUGGCUACCAAUAAAAUUUGUGGCGUGUCUAUCUUAAGAGCUGGUGAAACUAUGGAACAGGCCAUCUGUGAUGUGUGCAAGGAUAUUCGUAUUGGAAAGAUUCUCAUCCAAACCAAUAAGGAAACCGAAGAACCAGAACUAUACUAUCUACGCUUGCCAAAGGACAUACGCGAAUACAAAGUCAUACUGAUGGAUGCCACAGUUGCCACUGGUGCGGCUGCUAUGAUGGCCAUAAGAGUUCUAAUUGAUCACGAUGUCAAAGAGGAGAACAUAAUGCUGGCAUCGUUGCUAAUGGCCGAAAUAGGCGUACACAGUAUUGCAUAUGCCUUCCCUAAGGUGAAAAUAAUAACAUCAGCCUUAGACCCAGAAAUCAACGAUAAAUUUUAUGUCAUACCUGGUAUUGGUAAUUUUGGUGAUCGUUAUUUUGGCACCGAACCAUCUGAAGAUUAUUAUUAGAUAGCAAGUAGUUAAAACCAAAUCUAUAAGAUAUACGAGAAUGAUUGUCAAUAUAUAUAUAAAUCAUACCUAUUGAUAGACAAGUGUUUAGUAGUAUUAGGAUAAUAUUAAAACAAAAAUGCUGAAAAGUAAAAAAUAAAUUUAUUUAUGAAAUUUAUAAA